UAGUUUUCUCUACUCAGCUUCUUUGUGGUUUCAAUUUAAGUCGCUCACACAUGCUCCCACACAGAAGUGAAACAGUUGUGGUUAGGAGAGUGUGUAUGUGUGUGUGUGUGUGUAUGUGUGUGUGCGCACCUAUAUUUGUAAGCAUGGUAGUGAGAUUUUUAGAUCACUGCACCUUAACCAGACAGCAGUUUCAUUUCUCUCUUCCACACACAUGUAUACUAAUGUAUUGAGUGCCUUGUCAUUUGAAGAUUUAAUAAGAUGAAAAUCUCUGCUUUAAUAUGACUGGUUGUGGAAAGCCAUCAGUUUUUCUUUUAUGUUCUAUCUUUCUCUCAGGCAGUUGUUAUGACCACAAGAGGCUAAUCUUACCACAAAGGCACUGGCUUCCUAGCGGAUUCAGAAGACUUAAGAGGUGGCAAUGUCUUUAUGAUUUGCAAGAGUUGAGUCACAGAGUGGCUGUCUCUUGGAGAGAGGCAGAAACAGCUCAGAUCUUGAAGUCACCUGAAUUGGUCCAGUGUGUGCAGGGGCUUUAUGUGAUCACUGUGUGUAACAGAAGCUGCUCACGUACCAUCUCCUGCUCUCCAUCGCUCUCUCUCCUCCUGAUGUGGAGGGUAUGGAGGCUCAUUUUGGGUUGGGCUGAGGUGUCACUCUCUUCUCCUGCCUCCUCCCUUCAUUGCACUGCCUCGAGGGAGGGGCAGGGGAUUGGAUCCUGGCUGUUUUUAGCUGCCUAGACUGUUGAGCAUCAAGAGAACAGGGCAGACAGCGCAAAGCUCUCUAUAGAGAGAGAGAGAGAGAGAGACACAGACAAACAUAUACACACAUACAAAUGAAGUCGUGCCAAGCACUGAAGGAAGAGGUGUCUGCUUUAGAAGCCAUGUCACAAGAAGAAGGGCAAAGGACUCAUCCUGCACAGACCUACUACCACUCGGCCUCAGUGGACAGUGACCUAUCAGUAAAGUUUUACAAGCAGGAUGGUGGAGCCAAGCCCUACCCUGUGUUAGUUGACAACAAGAUGGCCACCAAACCGAUAACUCAGACGGUCCCUAACCUCGAGCCAAAUCCUGGCCCUCUUCAGCAGUACUACAAAGAAGGUUCCGGAGGGUCUGGGACUGAGGGAGCCACACAGCGCAGGCACGAUGGCAUAUCUGAGGACACGGAGGAUGAGGAAAGGGGCGAAGAAGAAGAGGAGUUUAAACGAGCACAGAUCAUUGUGGAGGUGAACCUGAACAAUCAGACUUUGCACGUAUCGAAAGGAGACAAGAGUGGCUCAGUGAACCCCGCUGGAGAUGACAAGACCGACAGUGAAGAGGAGGAGGAAGAGGAGGAAGGGGAAGAAGAUGAUAGUGUAGAAGAGGAGGAAAGUGCAGAGGAAGAACCUGAGGACGAGGAGGACCAGGAUGAGGAGGAGGAAGAGGAGAACGAGAGCCGGAGACUGCGGGCCAAGCGUCCACGCCGAAGCCGGGUUAGUGUCCAACCACAGAGGAAAAGUCGCCGCGUGACUGUGGCAACUGUUACUGUGGCCACGGCAACCACUGGCAUGACAACCAGGGGGCGAAGGAAGAGCACCGAAGUCCUACCUCAGAAGCGCAGGUCCACCCGCGAUGGGAAAAGCGCCGCUGCCUCCUCCACGUGUGGUGCAGGGGGAGGGGCCAAAGGAGAUGGGGAGGAGCGAGAGACACUGGCAUGCGAGAAGUGCCCGCGGGUGUUCAACACCCGCUGGUACCUGGAAAAGCACAUGAACGUUACUCACAGGCGCAUGCAAAUCUGUGACAAGUGCGGCAAGAAGUUUGUGCUGGAGAGUGAGCUGGCACUGCAUCAGCAGACAGACUGUGAGAAGAACAUCCAGUGUGUGUCGUGUAAUAAAUCCUUUAAAAAGCUAUGGUCACUUCAUGAACACAUUAAGAUUGUCCAUGGCUAUGCUGAGAAGAAAUUUGCCUGUGAGAUCUGUGAGAAGAAGUUCUACACAAUGGCCCACGUCCGCAAGCACAUGGUUGCUCACACAAAGGACAUGCCAUUUACAUGUGAAACAUGUGGAAAGUCCUUUAAGCGUAGCAUGUCCCUGAAGGUGCACUCUCUGCAGCACUCGGGAGAGAAACCCUUCCGCUGUGAGAACUGUGAUGAGAGGUUCCAAUAUAAGUAUCAGCUGCGGUCUCAUAUGAGCAUCCACAUUGGACACAAGCAGUUCAUGUGUCAGUGGUGUGGUAAAGACUUCAACAUGAAGCAAUAUUUUGAUGAACAUAUGAAGACCCACACAGGUGAAAAGCCUUUUAUCUGUGAGAUCUGUGGGAAGAGUUUCACCAGUCGGCCCAAUAUGAAGCGCCAUCGCCGGACACACACUGGAGAGAAGCCAUACCCGUGCGAGGUGUGUGGCCAGCGCUUUCGCUUCUCCAACAUGCUCAAGGCGCACCGUGAGAAGUGCUUCCGGGUCACUAGCCCUGUAACCCUUCAGCCUGCCAGCAUGCCCCUGUCUGUUCAUCUAACUGGCCACACCACACCCUCUGUGACUGGCCACACCCCCAGCACACCCCAGCCCUCCCAAGCAACAUCCACCAUUGCAGCAGCCAGCCAAGGAAUGAUUAGUUCCGCCACAGUACCUGCGCCUCAACGAGGUGGAAUUGGACAUGGCUUUUCCCAUUUGCACAUGCAGGCCACACCUGCCCAGCACCAUCAAACACACACACAUACCCCUGUGCAUCACACUGGACACGCAACCAUGACAAGCCACACCCCUCAGCAUCUCUCAGUGCCAUCCUCUCUCCUGCCUCCUCCUCCUGCCCUUUUUAAGAGCGAGCCUGUCAACCACUGCGGACAUGAGGACUCGUAUUUGAGACAGGGUGCUACACAGCAGCACCACUGAAACUGCACAACCCUGUGUGCUGUUCUGACUCACCACUGUUGUCAUCAUUUGUGUAAGAGUCACCCUCAGCAAAACAUCUCUGUGUUCGGGCACUCAGUCGCUGACUCUGCCUUUCCCUGACAGAAGCUUAUUAAAUGUGAUCACAAAGAAUUUUUCAGACUGGUGACCUCAGUGACCCUCCUUUCAAAAACAACACACAUGCAGAUAACCUUCUAAAGCAUUAUUUUACACCUUAUAUACUCUUAUGGAAAAAGAUUCCACUUGCAUCAUAAUGAUGAAAACCUGCCUCUGUAUUUGAGUUGGCACAGUGUCUCUCUGCAUCUGUUUCAGCACGUCUCCCUCUCAAUCUGUUUUGGGAGUGUCUCAAGAUUUGUUUUGAGGCAGUCUCUCUCAGUCCGUUUCUUGAUGUCACUCUCUCUGUCUUAUUCUCUGUCUUUUGCAUUAUCAGUCUCUUCUGGUCAGUGUCCCACAACGUAUCCAGCUGCUGCUGCCAAGGUUCUACGGGUUCAACUUCAUUAGUUGUAAAAGCUCUUAACUUCAGUUGUUACAAAUGCAGUUUCACCUUCUGUACACAGGAAUACAGAGUUAUCAUAAAUAGUAUAAACACUUUGUGUGUGUGUGUGUGUGUGUGUGUGUGUGUGUGUGUGUGUGUGUGUGCGUGCGCGUGCGUGCAAACCCACACACUAUAGGGCACUUAAUAGAUAAGGUAACACAAACUUUUUGUUGUGCGGGUGGUGGUGUCAAAUUGUGUUCUGUUGAAAAUGCUUUUGCUGAUGAAUUUGGAAGGGAAUAUUUUGGAAAAGGAGUCAUGGGUACAUUCUGGAAGAUCUUGGUGGAUUCUUUUGGAGGAAAGAGACUGCUGAGAAUGACCAAUGCUGUGAUGUUAUGGAGGACUGAAAGAAACAAAAAAGAAUAAUGAAUUAAUGAUGUUCUCUAUGAUCUAACCCACUUACCUGUUAUUUUUAUUUGUGAAAUUUGUUACUGUUUUUUAAACUUUUAAGUGUGUCUGUUUAAUGAGCUGAAUGAGAUGAUCACAGGUUUAUCAAUAGAAUGUGCAGGAAGGGUGCUGUAGUUUGUGACUGUGCUCAUGUGAGUGUAUGUGUGUCUGAGAGUGUGUGUAACCUUUUUUGUCACUGUCAUUCUGGUGGUGCUGGCAUGAAUCGCUGCUUGUUAGGUGUGUCUUUUACAUGACUAUCAUGUAAAUGAUAACAUGGCAUGAGUGUGAGAAUGUUUCAGAAAAGAAAAGGUUUGCUGUCAGGCCUUUUCUGUUGGCUCAUUAAAGUGUUGGUUGUGUGAGUCAGUUGCAUGCAUGUGUGCAUUUAAAGCCAUGUUUCAUUUUCUGCACUUUAGUGCAGCAUUACAGGUUUGAACUGUAACUGACAAAACAUUUUUGAUCGUGUGUGUGUGUGUGUCUGUGUGUGUGUGUGUGUGUGUGUGUGAGUGUGAGUGAGUGAGAGAGAGAAAGGAAGGGAGACUUGGCUUUUAGAAAAGGAGGACAGCAGCAAAGAGAUGGGCCUUCUAUCUCACCUAUUACCUUUGCUUUGAUAGCUUGACAUUGCCCCUUAAUUCCCUUUUUGUCUCUCUUUUCUCUCAUUUAUUGUUAUAGGUGGUUGUUAUGUUGGGAUUUUUCCUUGUUUUAACCACUACUUUUUUCCCUUUUCUGAUUCUCCUCCUUUUCUCUUGGCUGAUAGAAUGCACUUUCUCCUAGUUCAGAAAUGUAAGCAGCCCGUGGUAAUGAACCCUCUGGGGAGAUGUGUUAAACCAGAGUAGUUUCCCCUUGUUUCCACUACCCGACUGUAGCCAUCUGUGAUUGCAUCACUAUGUCUGCUACUCAGAUGUGCAGCUUGCCAACUUUUAAAUUUUUUUAUUAUUUUUUUUUAAUUGUAAGAAAUGACAUAUUAAUGAUGGGCCUUUUUUUUUAUAAAGUUCAUUUAACAUACUUUCUGCUAACUUUAGGAAGUAAAAGAGUAAGUAGCCAUAUUUUUAACUUUGUUGCCUUGUGUUUGGGGAGGGGCGUGUCCUUAAUCAGGGUGUGGUCAUCAACAACACUUCCUGUGUCUCCCCUUUGACACUUUUAUGUCUAGUUCACAGAAAACAGUUGCCAGGCAUGAUUGUGGAGAAGAUUAAACAGUGAUUAGAUAAAUGUGGUUUUCAGAAACAUUACCAAAAUACAGGUUACUGUGCAUAAUCUUCCCUUUGACUGGUAUCAUGUUCCAGGAAGGCUGAAAGCCUCAGCCUGUUAAUGAUCAAAGGCCAACAACCCUAGACAGUGGUACAACAUGGGUUCUAAUUCACUCAAAGUAGCUGUGAUUGUUGAUGAGGUUUAAGCAUUGUUCACAUUGCACAACCUUCCCACAAACAUGCAUACAGUGUAGUACUCUGAUGAUGUUAGAAUGAUUCCUUUGAAAGGUGAAUUAGUCUUGACUCUCAAGAUCAUGCAACAAAAAGGCAGAAUUACUCGCCAUUGUAGCAUAUGUUUUACUCCCACAUUUUACUCUUUCAGAGAGUUCAUUUCUGUGGAUACAAGAAAGGUUGUAAGCUUAUGAUGAUGCAGCUCUCCCUUAAGCAAAGAUUCUCUCUCCCUCUCUCACCUCGUCCCAAAAAUGACUAUUUGCAGUAAGACCAAGCUUAUAGCUUAAGAUGACUAGCAAAACCCUUAAGGGAUAAAGUAGUUCAAAGGGCAUGCUUCAUGUGUAAGAUGAGUGUUCUCUGUAUUAAUUAUCUGUAUGUAGGUUACAAAGGGAUGUGAUACUGAGAAAUUGCUUAGCCUGUUUUCCUUUAGGUUUACAGACAAACAGAGGAGCACUGACCUUUGGUAUAUGCACAUUUGCCACAUGACCAUUCUCUUUAAAGGAUUUUUACAAGUACAGGAUUAAAGUGGAUCUGAGUAAGGCAUUUUGAUCUCUGACCACUACACUCUGAUUGAAGCCCACACAUACAGACACACCACUUCAUUUCCUACACCACUGCUCAAAAUAACCUCUCGAGCCAGUUCCUAGACGGGUGUUAUAUGCAGAACAGUAAGGGAAGAGAGAGGGGAGAGUAUAAAGAUCAAAGAUACAAAGCUUUGCUUACAAAAUCUGGGAGAAAUAGGAGGGUUGUGUGCCUGUGUCUACAUACUGGUAAUGAUGCUCUUGUCCAGGGAAACUUACAAAGGAAAGUUACAAAAUGAUAAAAUAAAUGAAGCAAUAGGAGGUAAUAGAAUUCCAGAUGAACAGUGUUUCUGAAAGUGUUUGUCUAUCAGCUUUCAGCACAGCUUUCUAUAAAGUGAAAGGUUUAUGUUCAAAAUAUAGUUUAGAUAUAAAACAUUUUAAAACAGACUAAUUGCUAACAAUUUAUGCUUAGCAGCUCUAAAUAAAUUAUAUAACAUAUCGAAAGAUUUAGUAUUUUUAUAUUUAGUUUAAGUAGUUCAAGUAUUUGGAGAAAAAACAAUAGGUUUUUAAAGACUAAAUAAAUCACUGAAAUUCUGUCACAUCAUUUCUCCCUAGUAGUCUGCCACUUACCAAAGGGAAUGCAUUUUGUAUAUUUUGGAGUCAUCUACACACUUCGUGUGACUGAGUGAGUGAAUGAAUGAAUGAAUGAAAAGGGGGAAAAAAAAUCCAUCCCUUAUAUCUUCGAGUUCUCGCUGAAGGCGGGGCGUAUUUACUCUCCGGUGACAGUUCUGUGUAGACAUAAAGCACAACCCACUGGAUGGGGAUGCUUCCCAACUAUAAAUUACGCGCUCAGCGAACCCAACGAGUCAGAAAAAAAGAUUUUUAUGAGCGACGGCGAUAUGUUUUCUACUGACUGAAAUCAGGGGUGUUGAGAAAGAAAACACAAAGAACAGAAAUAUCUUUUGAAGUUUCUCAAUUUACAAU